AUGAGCAGGAAGGGUCAGGCUCAACAAUGGCGGGAUCUCGUGGAGACGAGGGACUAUUCUGACAAGGAAGCCAAUGACAGCUUCAGUGAGGAAGAGAAUCUGGAUGAGGAUGAGGCAGAACCCUUGGACGAGGAGGCCAUGUUGAAGAUGAAGUUGAGGCAGCUGAGUGAUGAUGGAGAGGAGGCGAGGAUGGAUGAGCUACUCCACAGGGCCAUGACUGGAGAGCGUGACUCUUCACCGAAGGGAGAGAUGCUGAAGAAGGGAGGAGGAGAGUCCGAGGUCUGGCCCACGGCCCAGCCUGCUGGAUCCUUGGACUCGAUUACCUACCAGGUCCUGGUGAAGGAGCUCGUGAAAUCUCGCGAGAUGUUGUGUAAACAGAUAGAGGGGAAGCUGGCCCUGACCUCCAUCAUGCUGCAGAAGAAAGUGAGCCUGCUCUGUGACUUUGUGGAGUCUGAGUUCUUUGUCAUUGACGGUGACUCCUUAAUGAUGACAUACAUCCAUGAGACCACCCUCGUCCCUGGGCAAAAUUUGCAUUUCUUUUAUCUGGUGGAGAGCUUCUUGUUUGACUUGACACAGAAGAAGGCAAAGUUUAUCAUUAUGUUCUUUAAGGAUGCUGAAUGUAUGUGGAAUCAAAGUUGCCUUUACCUCUCUGUAAGGACUGCACUGAUUCUCCACCUUCAACACAACACCAACAUCCCAGUCCUUACAGACUUCGCAAACUGCUUUGACCCGAAAUGGAAGGACUUUUUGGUUGAGAACCAUCCGUAUUUCGUGGUGAUGUCAGACAAAGCGUUCACCAGCGGUUGGAGUAGCAAGUGUGCAUCCGGAAUGUUCCACAUAUUUAUGCUCCACACGCUAGGGACAGGAAUAAACAUCGUCCUUUCCUCUGGAAUGAGCUGGGACAUUCUCCGAGUUUAUGGGUAUCAUAUUUGCAGCAGUUCAUACCUGAGAUCGACUUUUCAGAAGAUUCAGCACAGCUUCUCCAAGCUGAAAGGAGUAUGGCCCCAGGGAUGCGACAUCAGCAGAAUUCUUUGCGUUGUGUCCUGCUCAGUGGCUCUGAAGAUGUACGCUCAGGGGUUGGCGAUGGUUGGGUCUGCAACCAAAAAAGGUGGAAAGGCAGAACCUCACGAGGAAGGAUCCAACGAAUUGGCUGUUCAGUCUGCAGCAGACCUGUGCAGGAUAUACUGCCUCCAUGUGACACUGCUACGUAAUCUACCCUUAUCCCACAGAGCCCUCCAAAAAGAUUUUCCAUGGACAGAUUUUGCUGAACACUUCUUAUUGCUGGACAACAGCUCCGUGCCAGGAAAACAGCUCCACACCAGGACAGCAGCUCCACACCAGGAAAACAGCUCCACACCAGGACAACAGCUCCAUGCCAGGAUAACAGCUCCACACCAGGACAACAGCUCCACACCAGGGCAGCAGCUCCACACCAGGAGAACAGCUCCACACCAGGAGAACAGCUCCACGCCAGGACAACAGCUCCACGCCAGGACAGCAGCUCCACACCAGGAUAACAGCUCCACGCCAGGACAACAGCUCCGUGCCAGGAAAACAGCUCCACACCAGGACAGCAGCUCCACACCAGGACAACAGCUCCAUGCCAGGAUAACAGCUCCACACCAGGACAACAGCUCCACACCAGGGCAGCAGCUCCACACCAGGAGAACAGCUCCACACCAGGAUAACAGCUCCACGCCAGGACAACAGCUCCACGCCAGAACAGCAGCUCCACACCAGGGCAGCAGCUCCACACCAGGAGAACAACUCCAUGCCAGGACAACAGCUCCAUGCCAGGACAACAGCUCCACGCUAGGACAACAGCUCCAUGCCAGGCCAGCAGCUCCACACCAGGGCAGCAGCUCCAUGCCAGGACUAGAGCUCCAUAGAAGAAUGGCAGAAUAUUACAUUCUGAAAACACUGGUGGUCACUGGAUGGAAAGUUGACGUGACUUAUCUGAGUGAUCUGAAUGAUGGGCGUCUGUUAAGGACUGUCGCAAAAAUAUGUUCCGAAAUGCCACGUUGUACUGACACAGAGGACCAGUUAGGCAGUAAGAUUGGAAGUGAAUACAGACAUAUCUGGGAAACCGUCGCUAAGAUAUCACCUGAACUCGAUGUAGGAGAUGCUUUCCCAGUGCAAUGUACUUCAGCGGUAUUUCUGAAACCAGAAAAGGCCAAAGGUGCAUCCAUGCAGAAAAUUCCUGUCGCUGGGCUAAUACCGAUAAAGUCAACAUUAGUUGAAGAAUUCAUUGGGGAUUUACUCAAACAAUUGCCACAACUGGACAGUGAGGACCUGGAACAUGAACCACAGUAUAAGCUGAAAGAGUUUGAUGAGAUUUUACAUUGGCACUCCAGAAAACCCAUCUUAACUACUCUCAAAGACCAUCGUGAGAAAUUGAAGGAACCAAUGAGAAAUCCGAAGCAAUGGAGAUACCAGCUGCGCAGUCAGCAAAAGCUUGUUGCAUUUGAGCGAUUUUAUGCUGAAUCCCUGGAUGAAAAGGCAGCGGUGACAAUUGUCACCAGUCAGUCGGCGGUCACUGAUGACUCGGUAAAGCAGCAACAUCAGCCGAGAAAGGGAAACAGCAGCAAGCCAGCGAAGAAGAAAAAUUCCGAACUCAUCAUCGAAGCUCAUGAGAAGAAGAAGAAGGAAGAAGAAGAAAGAAAGGCCAAGGAACGCUGGAGCUCACUGCAAGACUCAAUUCAGAAGGAGCUGAGCAAUGAUAUCGACAAAGGGACUAAGACCCUGGAGAGGUUCCUGCAGACCUGUGCCAGUGAUAGUGUGAAAGUAACUGCUGAGAUGGAGGCGAGUAAAUACUGCUACAAGGCUUGGGCUGAACACUGCAGAUCUAAAGGUGCUAUAACAGAUGUGAAGAUCGCAGUGCUUUUGAUGCGAAGAAUUCAUAGUGUUCUGUACAGACAUAAGGAUCAGCUGAGCCCUAAAGAACUCAAUGAAUUGGCACGUUACCUCAAAAAUCUGGGAUUCCUGAACCUAAGAGAUACAGUUCUGGAGAUGAUAGAUGAAGAACAGAUCACAGUAAACUCACAACUUCAUAAAAUUUCACCACAGAAGCAAGAAAUGAAAACAAAAUUGAAGAAUGAUCCCAGGUUUCCAGUCGGUGUGGGGGCAGCCCGUUUUCAGCUGGAAAAUAUGGGUCCUUAUCUAUUCCGGGAGGAGAGAAAAGAUCCCGAUCCAAGAGUUCAGCACUUUAUACCAGAUUCAUGGCAGAGGGAGCUGUUGGAUGCUGUGGAUAACAAUGAAUCUGCAGUGAUUGUAGCACCAACCUCAUCAGGGAAAACCUACGCAUCGUACUACUGUAUGGAGAAAGUACUGAGGAGCAGUGACACUGGCAUUGUGGUGUACGUUUCACCUACCAAGGCUCUUGUCAAUCAAGUGGUGGCAACUGUCUAUGGAAGAUUUACCAAAUCAUUACCCAGUGGAAAGGUGGUGUGUGGAUACUUCACGAGAGAUUAUCGUGAUCAUAUUCAUGAUUGCCAGAUCCUUGUAACAGUCCCGCAGUGUCUAGAAAUUCUCCUGUUAUCUCCUCAUCUACAGGACUGGGUUAAAAGGAUUCAAUAUGUCAUCUUUGAUGAGGUUCACUGUUUGGGUGGAGAGAUUGGUGCUGAAGUCUGGGAACAUCUUUUGGCCUUGAUCCGUUGCCCUUUUCUGGCUUUGUCAGCAACUAUCAGCAAUCCAGAAGAUUUGACUCAAUGGCUGCAGUCAGUGAAGACAUACUGGCAAGGGGUGGAAAGCAGCUCAGACAAACCAGCUUCGACAAACGUGAAUAAGAAAAGCAAAAAAGGACAAAAGACUGAAGCUCACAAAAGGAGACAGUCCUUCAAAGUGAGACUAGUAACAUAUGAGGAGCGAUACAAUGACCUUGAAAAAUUUCUCUGUGACUUUGAAAACAACGAAUGCAAGUUCAUUCCCUACCACCCCUGUGCUGCUUUAACAGUGAAUCAUAUUGAAAGCUAUGGGAUUCCAUCUGACCUUGCACUUACUCCAUCUGAGUGUCUCAGACUCUAUGAUGUCAUGGUCUUUGUGUUCCCUGAGUGGCCCAGAGCACAGGAAUUUGAGCCCGAGGAAUACAAGUCAUUCAGGAACAAAGUCGUCAUCAGGAAGAGCGAUGUGAGGGAAUAUGAAGCUGAGCUGAAGAGAGAAUUUGUCGGAUGGUUGAAAGCAGGAUGGAAAGACAAAGUGGAAAAGGUGCUGCUUCUACUGAAUCCAAAAGCCAAAGGGACAUUUCGGAUCAAUGAGAAGAGAAACUUUCCACUAGUGGUUGAAACACUUCAAAAGAUGGAUUUGUUACCUGCUUUAUUUUUUGCAUUUGACAUUUCGUUGGUUGAGGGCUUUGCCGCUGAGCUGCUGAUGCACUUGAUGAAGAAGACGAAAAGCAAAAGGAAACCAAAUGAUGCGAAGGAGAAACAGAAACUAGAAAGUAAACUCCGGAAGCUGGCUAAACACCUGGAGAAGGAAGAUACCUUGACUGACCUCACCCGAAAGCAAAGCGAGCAACUCGUGCUUUACCGUACCGAAUACGACAUGUUAGAGCAAAGAUAUCGGAAACUUUGUGAGCUGCCACCAGGCUGUACUUUUGCAGAGAUUUCAACAGCUGAUGAGCAGUUCCGGGAUAAGAUCUUCUUCCGUAUGCGAAAAGCAAACUGUUCCAAAUAUUUUCAGGCAAUGUUUUUCCGAGGCAUUGGCUGUCAUCAUGCAUCACUGAAUAACAAGAUCAAACAAACUGUCGAGAUGUUAUUCAGACGAGGCUAUAUCAAGGUGGUUAGUUCUACAUCGACACUUGCUUUGGGGAUUAAUAUGCCUUGCAAGACCACUGUCUUUCUUCAAGAUUCCAUGUAUCUGGAUUCCCUCAAUUACAGACAGAUGUCAGGAAGAGCUGGACGUCGUGGUAUGGAUAAUAUCGGGAAGGUCAUUUUUCUGAACGUGCCUUUGCCUAAAGUAAAGCGACUGAUAAAAGCUAACGUCCCUCAACUGAAGGGCCAGUUCCCCUUGAGCAUAACGUUUGUGCUCCGUCUCAUGUUAUUAGCAGCUAGAGCUGAUGACAAGAUGGAUGCUCAGGCCAAGGUACUUUCCGUCCUGCAACACUCUAUGAUGACCUUCAAUCAACCCAAAAAGCAGAAUAUUGUUAAAUUCUACUUCCUGUUCGCUCUGCAGUUCCUGCUUAGACAAAGCUAUCUGGAUGGAGAGGGUCAGCCUCAGGGAUUUGCGGGCCUGGUGAUGCACACACACUACCAUGAACCAGCCAACUUCGUCUUCAUCCACUUCCUGGUGGAGCAUCUGCUGCACAAAAUCUGUAGGCCUCUGAAAAAAGAAUCAAAGCAGUUUUCAGAAGACGUGAUGGAAACCUUAGUUCUCAUAUUGGCAAACCUAUUCGGAAGAAGAUAUCUCCCACCCUGCUUAGAAAAAGAGGAGCUUACGUUUGAACAGUCGAAGGUAUUUCUUGAUGAUCUUCCUGAUGAGUUUGCAGCCUCAGUUGAAGAAUACAACAAGACAGCACGUCAGAUCUUUGGGAAAUUCCUGCUCUCUGUCUCCAAUCAGUGCAGGUUGGAAGAUGAAUACAAGCUUCCUCUCUCAGGCACAUCGUUUAUGGGUCCCACGUUACCUGAAGCCAGUGUCAUCACUAAGAAGUUGGCCAAAACAGUGAAUUGUUCUGCAGUGUCACCAUUCGUCUGUUUAUCUGGACACACUGACCUUGACCUAUUCGUACAGAAUGAUGUCGAUCCAAUAAUUUUCCGCAUGCUUGGAAUUCAUACAAACAACAUUCCUGUUCUGCAACUGAAGUGCUUUGACAAACAAGGCAGGAGAAUGCACCUGAAUGCCUAUGCCCUUGACUUCUACAAGCAUGGCUGUUUAGAUGCUUUACACACCGACAAUGGGUUAAAUCGAGGAGAGGCCUUCAAUCUGAUCAAAGAUUUCUUGCUGGUUAUUGCUUCAAUCAGCACCUCUCUCGAAGACCUGUGCCAAAAUGAAAGUGACCCUGUCGUAAUGGCAUUCCAGCAACUGCACAGAAGCUACCAAAGCAAGUUCGAGGCCGUUUGGAGCUAA